GCCAGGCAAAGCAGUGGCUGGGGAGAGGAAAAGAGGCCGAAGGGAAUAAUAAAAGGCUGAACGCCGAAGCUCGAACGAAGUCUCAUAGUAAUCGGUCCGUCAUGGCGGAAGAAAAGAAGCACGACGCGAUUCCUCCUCGCUACGACCUCGAUGCCAAGUGGGACGCCUGCAUCGAUCUCACAAUCCGCCGCUUCUUCUACUCCUCCCUCGCCGGCGCAUUUACCGGCCUCCUCCUCUUCCGGAGUCCAACAACUCGAUGGGCAUCUGUAGCUUUUGGUGCUGGAGUGGGAAUUGGAGCAGCAUAUACUGAAUGCUCUUACAUAUUUGAUGGUUCACCUCCAAAGUUGUCUCCAAAUGUUUCAGCUGUGCCUUCUGGUUCUGCACAAGUAAGUUAUUUUUUCGUUCUCCUUGUCAGUAAAUGUUUAAUUUAGUUCCAUACUUCACUA